CUAUGAUGGAAUUACUUUUUCUAACAGCGAUGCUCGCUAGCAGCGCUGCGCGCAUCAAUUCUCGUCAGCCUGGUGGCUAUGCGCCCACACGCAUUGUGGGUGGAGCGGAUGUGCCAGCGGGCGAAUAUGUGCCCUACCAGGUGUCGCUGCAGUAUCAAACAAGUGGCGGACAGAUGCAUUUCUGUGGCGGUUCGCUUAUAGCGCCCGAUCGCGUACUAACUGCCGCACAUUGUUGCCAAGGCUUCAAUGCGUCCCGCAUGUCGGUUGUGGCAGGCAUACGCAAUCUGGAUGAUCCGCAGGGCUCGCGCGCUCGCGUAAUCUCUUACAGCAUACAUCCGAACUACCAGGAACUAAAGACAAGCGACAUUGCAGUGCUCAGCUUAGAGACAGCGUUUGUUAUAAACAACAGGAGCAUAGCAACCAUUCCGUAUCAGUCUGAAGCGUUUGUGGGCGGCGGUGUGCCUGUUACAUUAACAGGCUGGGGCUUGAGGGUGCCAGUGGCGCUGCCCUUUCUAGACAAUGUCAAUUAUCCAAAUACGUUGCAGCGCAUGAGCUACGCCACCAUUACCAAUGAGCUGUGCCGCGCCAGAGGCAUGGAGGAUGUCACGGACACAGAGAUUUGUGCGCGAGGACCUUUCCGCGGCGCCUGCUCGGGUGAUUCGGGUGGGCCACUUGUAAGCAACGUCAAUGGACUGCAGCAGGUUGGCGUCGUGUCCUAUGGUCUGGUAGUCUGCGGUCUGUUUGUUUCCCCCGAUGUCUACACUAGAGUUUCUACUUUUCGUACUUGGAUAGCAGAGCAAACAGCUCCUAAGUCUCUUUCGCUUUAAUUUGUUGGCUACACAUCGAAAUAA